AUGUCAGACAGUAUCAAUCAUUUCAGCUGCCUUACACAAGUUAACUAUGUGUCCAGUAAAUGCCUUCAGAAUCCAUCAGAAUGUAAGGUCGUAUCUUUGAAAACAUUUAUGGUGGGAGCCCAUCCCCAAUAUUCUGAGGAGCAUAGUGGUGAAAGUGAUUUCUUUCUUUUUUCAGAAAAUCUAAAAGAUGACAGUCUGAAACAUGAUUUGUCGCAAGUGUUGAAUGUGGAAAAUGCAAAAGAACAAAUUGAAAUUUUGAAAAAGAUAGCAAAAGAAAUAGGAAACAGGACAAAAAUUAAUGAAUAUUCAGAUGAAGUAAAAUUAUCAUUGGAAUAUUUGGUGCACGUUUUCUUCAUCAGCACCAGCAAGAACCCUAGCAGACGGGUCUUGAUCAGCAAUUUUCAAGGAUUGCCUGAAAAUAUUAGAGAGAAUGUGAUUGGUCCAGCUAUCAAGAAUGCCUUGCAAGACUUGUGUAAUCAGCCAACCAGAACAUGUGACAGUCAGGCAGAUGGACCAAUCAGUUUUGUCAACACUCUUGAUCUGAGGCACAAUGUUGAUACAAUAGCUGCAGUCAUUGAGAAUUUUCCUUUAGGUGAAGACUGUGUGCGAGUAGUAUGUUUAGAAAUUUUGGCAUACCUUGGAAAAGUUCAGGCCAGUUUCUUUAGUUCUUAUGGGAAUUGGUUAUCUCCGGUACAACAAAAUGAGGUCAUGCAUCACUGCUUGGAGACUGUCAAACUGGCCAAUAGAAUCUGCCAGAAAUCUUCUGUUACCAUGGAAACCAAAUUAAAGGAAGAAAUUUCUGCAGAUACAUACAGACAGACAGUUUCUCAGUUUAUUAGUAUUGAUGUGAAGGUAUUACAUACAGAUGUUCCUCUGUUACAGAUGUACCUCUAUUACAGUUGUUCCUCUGUUACAGAUGUUCCUCUAUUACAGAUGUUUCUCUGUUACAGAUGUUCCUCUGUUGCAGAUGGUCUUCUGUUACAGAUGUUCCUCUAUUACAGAUGUUCCUCUGUUGUAGAUGGUCUUCUGUUACAGAUGUUCCUCUAUGAUUUUCUGUUGGAUUGUAAAACAACAAGUGCUAUGAACAUUUGGCUGAUGCUGAAGUUCUGUCUAGACACAGACCAGCUUGUGUAUCUGGCUUCAGGGUCCAUGUUCUUGCAUGUUGAUUGGAUUGUAAAGUCAUGUGAUGAGACCAUGCAGCUUCCUGAUUGGUUAAAAAAUUUGAAUAUUGACCAGUUGUCAAAGAGUAGUUUAACAAGCUCAGCCUACCUGUGCAGCUGCUAUGGAUUUUUGGCAAUGGUUGCUAUGGAAACACUUCUACAAUCGAUGGAUGGAAAAUGCAUGUUGCUGGAUGCUCUUUUACAAGAGUUUUUAAAAUUAAGCAAAAGUUGCAGUGAUGUUGGAAGCAAACUGCUAGCAGCAAAAUCUGUCUGUUUCUUGACUCAGAAGGUCAGUUUAUCAAACGUGCAGAACUACCUUAAAGGUUACACAAAUAUUCACUCAUAUGCAAUUCUCGAGUUUGUAUGGACUUCGUGGGAGGACUCCGUUGAUGCAGUCAGAUUUACAGUGAAGGAUGUAUUUGAGAAUGUGGUAGCCAUACAUGUACAUGUAAACAGUGGUACAGUUGCUGUUAAAGAUGACCCACUUCUUCAUCAGUUGGCAGUGUCAAUCUUGAUUGAUGUGAGUUGGUCCUGUAAGGGAAAAUACCCAACACUGUCAGUACUUGUCGGCCAUCUUGGAAGUACCAGGAUGUUGCUGUUGCACCCUGGGAUUGCUGCAGAAAUUCUCCUGCAGAUGCAGGAACAAACACUAGCUUGUUAUGCAAGUGGUUUAUAUGAGAAAAUGUUCCAAAGUCACAAGGAUGAACUAGGGACUGACCAAUCAGGAAGCAGCAUCUGGUACCAUCAGUGGCUGGAACCCGUUCUUACAGUACUAUGUGAAAGUAAUGUUCUUCAGAAGAAGCAUACCAUUGAGUAUAUUUUACCGAAGUUAUUGAAGACAGGGGCAAACACUCUACAUUACAUCAUACAGAGGUUGUCUAUAUUGUCUGGUGAUAAACAAAUUGACAGCUGUUCACAGGAAACUGUGCAUAUGAAUUACAGCAAUAAAGAAGGUGGUGAACUGGGUGCUUUGAUUAUAUGUCUACGAAGAGCCCGUGCCCUGGCUCUGUUGAAACCCGAGACUGGAAAUGGUAGUGCAGCUAGCAUGGGGGAGUUAUGGUGUGGAGUGGUGCAUGUACAUGUUCUGCAGCAAGCUCUUGUUUGUAAAGAUGAUCAGAUACGACUUGAUGCAUUUGCACUCCUCUGUGAGAAUCAGAAGACGUCAGAAACAAUCACUGAGAUUGAAUUACAGCUGAUCACAUAUUUUAUACCACAGAACUUGAACAACCAGAACCCGGCCUUUAGACAACAUCUUCUAUCCCUUCUCAAAAAAUUUUUGUCACGAAUGAAGGAAAGCAGCUUUGCCUUGAAAAGAAAAUCUUGCAAAGAUAAAACAGCUGUGGAGAACAUGAAACAGUACCAGGUCUUCCUUGACUGGUUGACAAGGUGCUUGUUUAGCAUGCUCUAUCCUGGCUCUGUGUUUGCACGGAGAACCACGUGCCUUGGAGCUCUUUCUUUACUCAGGGAGACUUUUGGAGAACAGAAUAAGGAUUGUGAUACAGAAUACAGCUUCUAUAAGGGUGUAACACAGCAGGAAUUGAAUAGCCUGAUAUUCUGUUUGAAUGACACAUUUGAGGACAACAAGAUGGAGGCUUCCUCACUUCUAAUUGCCUGUGCCAAAAACACAGCUUCUCCAGUACUGGAGGAAAGUGUUGUUAAAGAGCUGUUAGACAUCAGUCUUUCCUUGUCCCAGAGUACACGACCACAGGACAGUACGACAGCGGCAUAUCUCCUCUCUGUGUUAACACAUCAGCAUAGUAUGCAUAAAGUUCUUACACAGCAUAUUGAAAUAAAUCUGCUUAGUAAGCAGAACAGUAUUUCAGAACUUGAUGUAACUGAACAUAAAACUGACAGAAACGCAAACCAUGAUACUGAGAUGGUAGAAAUUGAGGCAAUAGAUAAAGUGCUGAGGGAGAAUAAAGACAGUGAGCUGGUAAGGAGCUACAUGUUGCUGAUGAUACUGAUGAGGAGUUUGGCGAGCCAGACAGAAACGGCAAAGACAAGCUUGAUCGUAGCGGCAGCUAACAGACCCCUGUACCCCACAAUACAGUGUAUGAGAUAUUGCUUUACUGAUGUGAAAUACAGAACAAUAGCAAAAGAAUCUGUUGAAGACUGGAGGAAACUGGUAGCCAGAUUUAUCAAACUUUGUUUUGAGAUAUCCGGAGUAGUGUCCCCUGUUGUAUGUAACUCUUCACCAGAGGGCAAUGUGCCAAUUGAUGCAGUUGCAGGUAUGGACAAUCUUCAACAUGGGGACAGUGAAAACUUGAGUAAAAGUAAAGAAACAGUGAUGUUGAUGCCGGAAUACCUGAUUGUCUGUUGUUGGAGAAGUGUGAAGGAAAUAUCUCUCCUGCUGGGACAGUUAACAGCAAGCUUACCUAUCACAGGAGCAGAGAGUGACCAUGGAUUGCUGACAUAUAAUCAGGUUAUACAAGUAGGAGACUUUUUCACUACCCUCCUGCUGGAAUCGAAGCACAGGGGGGCAUUUGAACUGGCAUAUGCUGGUUUUGUCAAGGUCACAGACAUGCUUUGGAGAAGCAGUGAUCCUGAACUCCACCAGCUUCCGAAAAGAUGGUUGUCAGAGGUGAUGGUAGAUAUCAAGUCAAACAAUCCCGACUCUCGACUCUGUGCCACCAGGAGAAGUGCCGGGGUACCAUUCUAUGUACAGGCUCUGGUCACAACGGAACCAUCAUCUACAGGGAGACAGUGUUUUAGAGAAACAAUGCAGGAAUUAUUGACCCUGGCCUUUGAUGAAUCGAUUGUAACACAGGAUAAGUGUACAGCCAAGGUGCAUGCAUUAAACAUACUCAGAGCUAUGUAUAAAGACUCCAGACUGAGAGAUGAUGUGGCACCAUUUGUUGCAGAUGGACUGAAAGUGGCAAUUCUAGGGUUCAAGUCACCACUGUGGGCUGUACGGAAUUCAGCGACUUUACUGAUGACAGCAAUGAUGACUAGAAUAUUUGGUGUUAAGAGAAGCAAGGAUGAAACUACAUUUUCCAGGAAAAACUGUCAGACAGGAAGGACAUUCUUCUACAACUAUCCAUCUCUGUAUCAGUUCCUGUUAGAGCAGAUUGCCAUGGCAACAGAAUAUGUAACCAGCCAGCUGCAUCCAGGACUGUUCCCUAUUCUUAUGGUUUUAGGAAGGCUUUUUCCCUCGGCUAUGGAAGGAACUGACACCAGUCUAAACCUAGCAGCAUUCAUACCUUAUGUUGUCAAAUGUAGUGCUAAUCCAGUUUUAAAAACAAGAGAAAUGGCAGCAAAAGCCCUGCAGCCAUUGGUGGAAAAAGAUCAGGUGACCUCAGUGUUUUAUGACCUUUUGACAUUGUUACCAAGGCAACCAACAGAUAUUAUGAGACAGAAUCAGAUUCAUGGAGUUCUACUGCAGAUAUCACAACUGUGUAAAACAAUAGCACUGCUGCAAGGCUCAGUACAGACAAAGUUAUCUACUGCCAUAGGUCAAAUGUGGACUGAAAGAAUGGGUAUCCUUACUUCAAGACACAACAGGUGUUUAGCAACCAGAACAGUUGCAUUAGAGAUAACUUUCAGUUUUACUCAAGAAUUUCCCAGUCAAGAUAAUUUUGUUCAUGUUCUGUCAGACAUUGUCAGUGAAGAGGUAGAGAGCCUGGACACAGCGUAUGAUACCUGUACCCCAGCUUUGUCUGAAUUUCAAAUUACAAUAUGUAAAAUCUUCUGUGACAUUUACUUAGUUAAUGGUACAUGUAUUGUGAGACCUUUAUCAGAAAUUUUAACAUGUGAAACCUUAGAAAGGGUAAAAGACCAAAACAUUGAAAGAAAGAUUGAAGAUUCAGUACAAGAGACAAAAAAUGAUGGACAGAAUGUUGAAGAUAAAUGCAGUGAUAAAUCCAACAGUGCUAAAGAUGGUCAGAACGUUGCUGAGACAGAAAAUUUGGUACUGAAAUGUAUGAAAUCAAAGUCAUAUGAAGUAAGAAAAACAGCUUUGGAAAAGCUGAGAAAAACAUUACCAGGCUUGAGGGAAACAGAAGAUGCAUCAGAUGAUGGGGCUCAGUUCCCACUUACUGGUAAAAGUAGGUCAAACAACAGCCUGAUGGUAAAGAUAUACCCACAUUUAUUAGACAUGCUGGAUACACAAGAACAUGAGGAAUGUAAAAUAGAACUUCUGGGAUUUUUAGAACAAUGGUUGGGACAUUUUGCUUUAUCUGACGGAGAAACGAUGACACUGAUGCAGUCUGUUUAUGGGAUUAUGAAGGUCUUAACACAGACAUACAGUGACAAGUUAACAGCAUCCAUUAUUACAUGGGCUGGAGUGGCAGUUAGCUGUCUUCUUAAAAUGGAACCAACUGUAACUCACAAUCCAACACUAUCAUCAUCAUCAACAUCAACAUCAACUGUCACAGAAGGAAAUAUUCAACACCACAAAGAGGCAAACCCUGUUACCAUAGCAACAUUUGUUGCUAAGUUUGUCAGUAUCAUCAGAGGGUACACAGAGCAUAUGGAAACAAGUUCAGAAAUUCUACUAGCAUGUGCCCAGGCUCUAUUGCAGAAUGGUGUAUUCUUACUGGGAAGAAAGCCUUCUGUUUUUCUCCAGAAUACAGAUCAGUGUGUGUAUGCUGAUGUGUUCAAGUCAGUCCUUGACCUUUUACAAGCAGACAACAUUGAUGUGAGGGAAACCGCCACCUCUAUUGUGUACACCCUGCCAUCCAAGGAGGUUAAAGCACAUGGACAUCCAUAUAUUGCCUUGACAGACUUAUUAGAUCAUUGUGUAUCUCAUGCUAGACAUGCAGACAGUGAAGAACAGAUUGUACGAUUGUUUUUUGAACUGCUGCUGGAAGAAAAGGAAGACAGCCAGGAACAUGAAGAGAGAUUGUUUGAUAGGGGAGAAAUGAACACAUACUGGGAUGAACUGGAUUUUAUACAGAUGCUAGAUGGUGCUGUCAUGAGAUGUGUACAACCAGACAAACAGCCUCAGCAACCUGGCAAACAGAUGAAAUCAGCUCAAUCACAGGAAAUUAUCGCUUAUCAUUUGCAUCACACAGAGAUUAUAAAAGCUGUGGUUGAAAACUACUUCUGCAGUGGUCAUGUGACUGAAGCAGAUGACAGCAGACUUGCUGCAGACGUCACUGGACUUACAUUCCAGAAUAUAUUCUUCAACUCUGCAUCAUACCAGAAAAGUGUUUUAUCACUGUAUAAAACAUUGAUAAUGUGCAGAUAUGGGAUGUUGCUUAGUUCUGACUGUGCAUGUGAAGUUUCUGUUAUAGUCCAACAGACUGUUGAGAAAUUGAAACACAAUGCUGAUAAACUUGUAUGGCCUCCAGUUUUAUACGAUCUUUUAAUAGACUUAUAACCAUAGGUUAAAAGGGAUUAAAUUAUUUUCAAAUUUUUAAAA